CUGAAACGAGAGAAGAUCCACGGCUACGGCAGCUCACUUAAACAUCGGAAAGCAAGAUCGAGAUCUACAACCUACAACCCAUCACUGGUGCAGUGAUGUGGUGUUCGGAGCUGACAGGCUCAAGAGAAGCACUAGCUGCGACUAUAUAGACUAUAGUGACUAGACCAGGCUCAUGGCUAUGUUAAGGUUUGCUCUGGUGUCUUUGGGUGUGGCGGCUUUGCCACAGCUUCCUGCUGAGGAUGCCGUCCCUCAACAUGCAAGCUGUGACAUGAACAUUUCGCUUCAAGCAGAAGGUUUUCUGCAUGAGUGGUGUAGCGGGGCAACCUCAAAAGAGCGUUUUCCUGCUUGCUACCCCAAUGGAGUGCCAGAUUGGCAUCGAGAAAACAAUGUCAUUGUGCGCUUGCCAGAUCCAAACAGUUGCUCUGUGGCUGUGUCAGAAGAAUGGGUGAUCUCAGGCUGGUCUUGGAAAUAUGUCCAGUUGGCACCUGGACAGUCUUUCAGUCUGAAUGUCAGCGACUCCGAACAAGCCUUCUUGAAGUUGAUCCGUGGAACGGUGCUUGAUGUGAACCAGAUUGGUGUGCAGAAUGCCGAGGGGCACUGGGAGACUUUUGUGGUCACACCACCAAACACGGAGCGAAGCUUGCAGUUGGACCAUCGCUUGAAAUCUAUCAAAGCAGGAUCCGAAGGUGCGGUCUUUGCGCUCAUGGUGGUUCCUGUGGAGCUUUUCAAUGUGCCAAUCACGGCUAUGGAUGCGGCUCCCACCACCACCAUCAGCGGACCCUUCUCGGAACACUUCCAAUGGACGAAGUUUGCCAACUACUUCCCGGAGGCAUUCCCAGAUUCCUUGGAGUUUUGGAAUCUUGCUGGCAUUUUGCUUCAAGAUCAUCAUGGAGACCGCCUGAAUUACAACCAGUGGUGGACUCAAAAGCAAACUGAUGACACCGAUGGAGGCUACCACAACCAUGCAGGAACCCCACGGAAUGGCACCUUCGGGGAGUUGCACAUGGUCAUGUACUCCGCUGCACCAAACACGGGCAUGAUUGUUCAGCUGCCUAGCACUGUGUACACAGAGACUGUGCAUGCGCCCAAGGAAAUCCCAGCGGACAAGAAGUUCUUUUGGAACAACCGAGACAAUGACUAUGUGCAGCUGACUCUUCCUUUGCCUCCAGGAUAUGUUCAUGGCCCGCUCUGGUCCAUCAAUGUCACUGAUGGUGAGCCAACUCGUGAUUGCAUGGGCGCCGUCCGCUAUCCGUGGCAUGGCUUGGUGACUGGUCCGAUCAGUGCAACCCCAGGAUCAUCCUCUCAUCCAGCGCGAUACACACUGUGGGUCGUUUUUGAGCACGCCCCUGAGGUCAUCACUGUGCCAACCCCAAUGCUGCAAUAUGUGACCAAUGCAUAUUUGCAGAAUGUGGUGGACUGGCCCACCAAAGCCUGCGCAGCCCGUGAGGUCGAGUCAGACUUGGGGGAAGAUCACAGAGAUUCAAGCCACUCAGUCGGUGCAACCUUUCACGUCUUUGUGGCUUUGGUUGCUCUGGUGGCAUUCAUGAAGUGAUCAGCCACCUCAGAGUUCACCCUUUAAGGGUCGAAGCUAUCUUUUGGAGCCUACCUGUGCGUGGCCACUGUCAAGAGUGCAGGGGCUGCGAAGAUUAGUGCAUGCUUUGGCUGAGCCACGUGCCCUUGGUUCAAAUCUUCUUCAACCCCUCCUCAAACCCUUAGCUUACAGUAUGAACAAGGCACAGCCAAGUCUCCUGGCCCUUGUAGAGAGCAUGUUUGCGUGGGCCAUUGCGAGAUAAUUCAUUCCUGUCGAUACUUUAGGAUUGGUUUCUCAGCUACAAUCAGCAAGCGAAACA